GAUAGGGAGCGGUUGGCCAACAUGGCGGCGAGCGCUGUGCUGGGCGAAGAGGAAGGGGGCUUCGGCGACGGGGAGCGGCUGGAUUUCCUCAAAGAGCGGCAUGUGCGGUUCUUCCAGCGCUGCCUCCAGAUCUUGCCGGAGCGUUAUUCAUCCCUGGAGACCAGCAGGUUGACAGUUGCUUUUUUUGCACUCUCUGGUUUGGAUAUGUUGGAUUCCUUAGACGUGGUGAACAAGGAGGAUAUAAUAGAAUGGAUAUAUUCUCUGCAGGUCCUUCCCACAGAAGACAGAUCAAACCUGCAUCGCUGUGGAUUUCGUGGUUCUUCAUAUCUGGGAAUGCCAUUUAAUCCAUCCAAGGGUCCUGGUGUUUCCCAUUCCUAUGAUAGUGGGCACAUAGCAAUGACUUACACUGGCCUCUCCUGCCUAAUAAUUCUUGGUGAUGACUUGAGCCGAGUAAAUAAGGAAGCCUGCUUGGCAGGACUAAGAGCUCUCCAGCUGGAAGAUGGGAGUUUUUGUGCGGUCCUUGAUGGAAGUGAAAAUGACAUGAGAUUUAUAUACUGCGCUUCUUGUAUAUGUUACAUGCUCAACAACUGGUCAGGGAUGGAUACGAAGAAAGCCAUAGACUAUAUUAGAAGAAGCAUGUCCUAUGAUAAUGGACUUGCCCAAGGCGCUGGACUUGAAUCUCAUGGUGGCUCUACUUUCUGUGGUAUUGCAUCACUGUGUCUGAUGGGUAAACUGGAAGAAGUCUUCUCUGAAAGAGAACUUGACAGGAUAAGAAGAUGGUGCAUAAUGAGGCAGCAGAAUGGCUAUCAUGGCAGACCAAAUAAGCCUGUAGACACCUGCUAUUCAUUUUGGGUAGGAGCAACUCUUAAGCUUCUGAAAAUAUUCCAAUAUACAAACUAUGAAAAGAACAGAAAUUACAUAUUAUCAACUCAAGAUCGUCUUGUUGGUGGAUUUGCUAAAUGGCCAGAUAGUCAUCCAGAUGCUCUGCAUGCAUACUUUGGGAUCUGUGGCCUGUCAUUAAUGGAUGAGUCUGGCAUUCGUAAGGUUCAUCCUGCGCUGAAUGUAAGCACAAGAACUUCAGAACGCCUUCAGCACCUUCAUCAACUCUGGGCAACCAAGGACUCUAUACAGUGUUCAGAUAAUAUGCACAUAGCCACAUGACUGAUUCAGACUCCAGUUGAGCUUGGUAGCAUAGUUGUAGCCUAAGGUUAAAGCCAUGUAUAACCAAUGUGCUUUUUAAAGUGCUGGAAUCAUACAAUCAAAUUCAUAUUACUGGCAUCAUUUUGACAGCAACUGGCCUUUAGCCAAUUAUUCUGGAUGGAUUAAAAAGAAAUUGCUUGCCCCUACAAAUACUGCAACAGACUACUGUUUUUAAGACUCUUCAAGGCAAAGUUAAUGACUAGUUAUAUUGUGUUACUUCAAACAGUGCAAUGGCAGAGUAUAAUAAUAAUUAAAAGGAGAUCCAAAAUGUAUUUACAUAUUUUCAUACUUAAUCUUUUGAGAUUAUUUGACACAGCCUUCAUAUAAAAACUUAUAAAUUAAGUCUGGGUUGUUAAAGGAUGUCCUUUUAAGGUAGAUGACAACUCUAUAACCUUUGUAAAAAAAUAAAUUAAAAUUAUUUUAUUCAUUAUAUACUGAA